CCCGGCCCCGAGAAAUCCCCCCGAUUUCGAUUUCUCACCAGCUCUUCUCUGCCUCCGCGGCAGAAAUUGCCGUCCUUUUUCCCCUGGCCGCCGGUAAACUCCGCCCAGAUUUUAUCCCCUUCCUCUUCCCCUUCCCACCGCCACUUCUUCCACCCGUUGCUGCUCACAGUUUUAUCCGCGAGCGCGAGCGCGAGCGAUGGUGGGCGACUUGUCGCUCCUCGCCGUCGCCUCCGCCUCCCCCGUCCUCCGCGCCCCAUCCAAGGAGCUCCAUGGCGUACUGCCGUUCCAGGGGAGAGGAGCCGCUUCGGCGGCUGCGCCGGUGUCGUCGGCAUCGCAGCUCUCCCCGCAGCAGCACAUCCUCGAGGGCGCCUACCAGGCGCAGCAGCAGCCCGUGCACAUGAUGGUGCCUGGCCUAGCUCAGGCCGCCGGCGCAGCCUACCAGGCCUUCGACAUGGCCGCGCUCAUCGACGUGCAAGAUUCCCACCCUGACUCGGUUCAGCUUAGCCUUGGGAUUGCUGAGCAAUGCUCAAGACAGGAGAAAAUUCUCAAGUUUCUAAUGUCAGGGUCUGAUGUGAAAGAACUUGAUGCGUCUAUACUGGCUGAACUUAUGGGACCACAGACCCUACCAAUUAACAUGAGUACUCAACCGUAUAUCCCUGAUGACAAGUUAUCUAUCUACGAAUUUGGAUUGGAGGAGCCCCAGCAGUAUCUACCAGAAAAUCAACUUAUUAUCCCUGAUCCUCUUUUGGAGUUUGCUCAGUCCAAUGGUUCUGCCCUUACUAUAGAUGAAAAUGGUCGGGUUGUCUUCCCUGGCAAUGGAGAUGAGAUGAGAGACUUACUUUCGGUUUUCUUAGAGUUCAACGUAACUAAACGAGAAUCAAGUGGUUGCAAGGCUGCAUAUUUAGUUCCAUACUUCCACAGGAAAAGGGGACGUAGCCAAUCCAAUUCAGCAAGCAUGGCAGUCGAUGCUUCAAAAAGCACGGCGAAUGUGAAGGCAAAAUCUCCGUUGAAGAAGAAACAGAAGGGGAAAAACACCAAUGAACGUGACAUGUAUCAGAAUAAUUAUUUCCAUGCUAGUGAAGCAAUUUUGUCGAUCCUUCUGGACAAGGACAAAAGCAGCUCUACAAUUCUCUCACUGAAAAAAGCAGGCCCUGAGAUUAGUGAACUGUUGACACAAUGCUCUAUUGGCAUUGCUGGAACUGGUUUGGCUGUUCUACUGUCAGUUGUGUGCAAGAUUGCUACUGGUGGGAGGACUCCUUUCGCCACUACCCGCCUGCUAAACACCAGUGUCGGGCUUGGACUCUUCUGGCUCUCUUCUGCUGUAAAUGGAUUGCGGGACUUAAUCACCAGCAUAUUUAGAGGCCCAAGUGACACAAACUUGGAGGAUGAAGUUGCAGUCAAAAUACAAAGAAGCACAAAUGAUAUUCUCUUCAGAGCUGUAACUCUCUUGGCAAUCACUGCGUUGAAGUUUGCAUGAGUUCUUACACUGCUCUAUCUUAGUCGCCGCACCUGCGAUGUAUGAUUCACCUUUUUGGUUCAGGAGUACAGCACCAGUGCUUCUGUAGGAUUAAGUGCCAAACACCGUCAUCAUGAUUCAUGAUGAUAUGAUCAUGUAGAAAAUGUGCAACGUUGUAAAUUGUACAGAAUUUUGCUGGCAGAUUGGUGUAUAUGGAAGAUAAAAUUUGCGUAUUCUGAACGUUUAGUAAUGUAGCAACCAAUAUACUUCA